CACAACCCCAUCUCACUCUCACCAGCGAUCUCGGUCUUAUACAUUAUGCCAACUGAGCUUGGUGGGUUAAACAUACUUGGAAACCUCCUGCUCUAACCACCCGCCCUUGCAUCGGUCCUGGGCUCAGAUAACCGAUUCGCGAUGGCCGUUAAAGCCCUCAUCUCAAGCCUUGAGGACGAGAUCCUCGACCCGGAAGAGGAAACAUUUUUCCUCUUCUCCCACGAGUUCCGUUCCUCGAACCUGGGCAUGAUCGACCCGAAAGCCGCUGAACUCUCGUUGACGAUUGCCGGCCGCGACUUCACAAUCCAUCAGUCCCCUACCAUCCUCUCGUCAACGCGCGCUGGUGGCACCACUGGGGCCGUCCUCUGGAAAGUGACGCCCCUCUUCGCAACCUACCUUUCCUCCCCUUCCUCCCUGUUCAACCCAAUCUUCCGCUCUUCCUCCACGAUCCUCGAACUAGGCUGCGGCAUCUCCCCCCUGACAGCACUCCUCCUCGCCCCGCGCGUAUCCCGCUACGUCCUCACAGACCAGCCCUACGUGGCGCGCAUAAUCCAACAGAACCUCGAGGCGAACCCCCUACCAGAGUCCACCUCGUCCUCAUCCUCAAAACCCUCCUCGUUCUCCUCCCGCCGGAAAAGGGCUAGCGCGGCAAACCCGUCGUCGUCAUCGUCAGGCCCCGGCCAGGAUGCCAGAGCCGACAGCCCCGGUGUCAUCGCCUUCCGUCCCUUCGACUGGGAGCUCGACACCCCGGACCCCUCCCUCACGGGUUCCCCCGCCGCCCGCAGCUUCGACGCCCUCAUUUGCUGCGACUGCAUCUACAACGAGGCCCUCGUCGGGCCCCUCGUCUCCGCCACAGCCGACCUCGCCCACCUCCGCCUCCGCGAUCAGGAAGACCACGCCUACGCCCGUGACGCCGCGGGCGCCACUGGGGACCAUCACAACCACUACUCAGCAUCGUCCACAACGACAAUGACGACGGACCGGUCCGAGCCGUGCGUCUGCAUUGUGGCGCAGCAGCUCCGUAGCCCCGACGUCUUCGAAGAAUGGGCCAGGGCCUUCCACCGAGACUUCCGCGUCUGGCGCGUCCCGAGCGCCCUGCUGCCCGAAGGGCUGAGAAUUGAGUCCGAGUUCGUGGUUCACGUCGGCAUUCUGAGAGAAGCCAGAGUGGACUUUUAGUUCCCGUCGCUUUACGUAUUUUACGGCAAGGAACUGAACAUAUCAUAAAAAACAACGACAUCACCAUUGCCGGAGAGGGAAACGAAACCCAAAUCUCGCAAAAGCCCCUUCUGUCUCACUUUUUUUGCGGCUACACAUCUAGCAAGCUUUGUAUAACUUUUCCGGCAUCAGCCUUGAGUUCUGAAGAGCCGCCUUUA